UUAUGCAUCCAAAUUAUGAUUCAUACAUGUGAAAUGUUUUGAGCUGAUGCCUACUCUCCUGUUUGUGUUUAUGUGCUUAAUGUUAAUACAGGAGUCAUACUACCAUGUAAUGUAAAAGUUGCACACUAGACGGUUGUUUUUUUAAACACAUUCUGUACAUGUUCAGUAAGAAUUAAUUAGAGAUAUUUUGUUAGAAUUGUGAACAGAGAAGAUUUACAUUAAAAAUUGAUCAAAUCAACUUUUCUGUAACAUGUACCAUUUUACAAAUCAAUAUUGUAUAUAGGCAUAUACAUAAAUAUGCGUGUGUGUGUGCGUGCAUGCUUUUGUUUGACAUGCAGAGGGACACGUAAACCUGCAUGAAUUUAUUUGGGCUUCUUACCUCAACAGUACAACCUAUUGUUUGCUUGUUCGACAGGAGUUUUGGGAUUGGAGCUGGGAAGAAUUGGCUGAGAAUGAUUUGCAGGCGAUGAUAAGUUAUGUACAUACAGAAACAAAUUCUAAAGUCUUCUAUGUUGGCCAUUCACAGGUAUUUGGGGAACUAUUAUGGGUUUAGCUGCUUUCACCAUGCCUGAUACAGUGAAAAUGAUUGAAGCUGCUGCACUACUUUGUCCCAUAUCUUACCUAGAUCAUCUCAGUUCGAGUUUUGUGCUUAGGGCAGUAAAACUGCAUCUUGAUCAAAUGCUUCUAACUAUGGGUAUUCAUCAGCUUAAUUUCCGAAGUGCUAUUGGCGUGGAGAUAUUGGAUUAUUUAUGUGAUGGGCAUAUGGACUGUAGUAACAUGCUUGCUGCAAUAACAGGAGAAAAUUGCUGCUUCAACAAGUCUCGAAUAGAAUAUUAUCUGGCAUAUGAGCCCCAUCCUUCAUCAACAAAGAAUCUGAACCAUCUUUUUCAAAUGAUUCGGAAGGGAACUUUUGCCAAGUAUGAUUACGGCUUAUGGGGAAAUGUAAAACGGUAUGGCCAUUUUACACCCCCGGCUUUUGAUCUUCGAAAUAUCCCUGAGUCUCUUCCCUUAUGGAUGGCUUAUGGAGGUAGCGACGCCUUAGCCGAUGUGACUGAUGUCAGAAGGACCAUAAAAGAAUUGAAAUCUGAGCCCGAGUUGUUGUACCUGGAUCCAUAUGGUCACAUUGAUUUCAUAAUGAGUGUAAAAGCAAAUGACGAUGUUUAUGUCAGUUUGGUAAAUUUCCUUCAGUCAAUUGGAGGUUCUAGCAGCAGCUGAAAGUAUUGAGUAUGGAAAUAUACUCGUCGAAUGUCUAUACCGAUCUCUUGGAAGUUGUUGAAGAUGCGUGCCUUGUAAUUAGUUAUAAACUAAGAGACACACGUGAGUAUGUAUAUCUCUUACCUUAUGUGUGCACAAAUGUAAUCUGUGUAUAACCCGACAUGUGAUAUAUCUUAUACCUUAUAUGUAUAUAUACUUUGACGUGCAAAUUUAUAUUUUUA